UAAAUAAUACACAACAACUGAACAAAGACAAAGAAAUUGUUCACAGUUUAAGUUCAAGACGGCCAUCUAACGUUAAGGACUCUAAUCAAGUAMAAUGGAUCGAAGAAUACUGGCGUUGCUAAUAGUUGUCCUGGCUGUUCUCGUCUGUUGUGGAGAUGCCAAGAAGCCCGUUCCAUCUAAAAAACAUCAUSUAAAGAAAGUUGUAAAACCAGCAUCCCAUCCUAAAGCUCCAAAGAAAGAAGAUGAACCAAAGCCUGUAAAAGACGACGAUGAUGAUGAUGAUGACGAUAAGAACAACAAAAAUAAUGACGAUAAGAGCKCCAAAUCUAUCGAUCCUGCUGAAAAACAAAAUGAUGAUCCGGAUCAAGACGACGAUGAUGACGAUGAUGAUAAACCAGAAAAAGAUGAGAAAGAAAAUGAAACAAAAUCCAAAGUAAAAUCUGCUGAUAAAACAGACAAGAAAGCAGCAUCGAAAUCCAAAAAGCAAAAAGACAAAUCUAAGUCAAAACCGAAGGAACAAAAGGUAACGCUGAGUGGUCUGCUGGACUCGAGCAUUGAUAAUUUGGCAAGAGCAGGAAAAGCUAUCCAAAAAAUUCUUGAUGCMACGGCAAAAACCACUCCUGCGCCACCCACAUCUUGCCAUGGAUAUUGUCCAGAUAUCUGUGCACCUAUGUGUUCUUCUAGCUGUUGUCAGAGUCCUCCAAGUGAGCCUGCUCCACCACCAUCUCCCUACCAGAUUCCAGUACAUCACCAGCAGUCACCGUACCAUGCAGCUUACCCUAGUUACACAUCUCCAAUAGAAUAUCCACAGGGUCCAUAUCCUCAGCCAGCACCAUACACUGCUCCCCAACCAGCAUCAUACAAUCAAUGCCCUACACAAUGUCUUGCGACACCUGUACAGUCACCAUGUCCAACUGGUUGUCAAUCAGGAUGCUGUCCUGGUUCUCAAGCAACAUCUUCCCAGUAUAUGAUGUUAGCAGCAACRCCUAAAACUCCUAAACCCAAAAAGGCUCCUGCACCUGCACCUGCAACAACCAAUGCCUAUGCAAAUCAGUGUCAAGCUCCAUGCCCACAGGCAUGUGCUCCUAUGGGGUGCACACCAAGCUGCUGCCAAGCAGCCAUGCAGCAGCAAUGGAAUAUGAUCCAACCACAAGUGAUGGCAGCAAUGGUCCAGCCACCCAUGGCGAUGAGUGGUUGUUCACCUCAGUGCAGCAUGCCAUCGGCGACAAUGGGAUGCAAACGCAGAUGUCCAGCCUACUGUUGCAAUAAAAGUAACUAAAUCAAAUAGAUUUUAAUUACAGAAWUUUUUGGAAGAAAAAUAUAAAAAAGGAUAUGGAGAUUUUUUUGUUUGAAAUAUGCAUCAAAAUUCUAAAGUUCCAGAUAAGAAAAGAUCGUUUAAUUGAUUAAUUGRUAGUUUUCCAUAAACUAGCUAAUAUGUUUUAGACUUAAUUUGAUUCUUCAUUUUAGUGUGUAUUAGUAAUAUUUUCUAUUCCACUGGACGUAACUCCAACAGAGAUAAAAACAUACUUUCAUAGAUAUGCCUCUCUGGUGUGUACAUAUACUGAUCACAUGGCAUGUAAAAUUACAGCGUAUAAAUACACUAAAAAGGAAUGCGGUUGGAAUUUCCAAGCAAACCAACAUGCAUGUGAUCAAACUCGCUCGUCACGAACGCGCACGUGACUAGGCUUGCUUUCUUAAGCUAUGUAUAGAAUAGCCAGCUUGAUAUUCUAAUUGUUUUAAUGGCAACAUCGAGUUAGAGAAUAAUAGUACCUUGAACCUGUUUGCAUAUCUUGAAAAAACGUUAGAAAAAAUUGUUUUGAUAGGCUUAGACCGAAACCAAGAGAAAAUAAGCUCAUUUAGCUCAUUUCCUCUUGUCGGAACAUAUAAUCAUUUGUAACAAGUUUGUAUCUUUCUGAUGUUUGUAGUUUAUAUGUGAUUGAAUAUAUUAUCUAUGUAGUUGUACCAUGGACAUUGUAAAACUCACUUACUCUUAAAUUGAUAAGGAAAGAAAWGGAAUAAAAUGAAAUUAGCAGAA